AGAGUUUCAAACCGGAUGUUGUGUUGUGGCAGCUGUUAGUAGUGGUAUCGAAGUUCUGUUUUGGCUGUUCUACUUAUAACUGAACACAAUAUCUUGCCACUCAGUGUCAAAAAACAAUAAAGGGUUUUAGAUAGCUCGUGAUUGUGGGACAUUUUCGUCAUGAAGUGAUUUCCUGGAGUUUACGUACUAAAAAAUAACGUGGAUAGAACACUCGUAGUACGCUAAAACGACAAGCCUCUGGAAUGUAUCAACAAAGUGCCCGAGUUUGCCAGGAAUGUGGCUGUUCCUGUGCAGGAUGUAUGGACCAAUCCAGUUUGGACCUGCAUCAGAAAAUUGUGGAACUAGAAAGUGAAUUACGAAGAAGUAACGAACAUAUUUCAAAGAUUGGCCGGGAGUUAAUGGACAGCAAACAGGUCGCCAACUACGAGGUCCUCAAACUCCGAGAAGAACUCAAUAAAUUACGUGACAGAUAUGACAGACUUUUUGAAAGCCAUAAAAGAAUCCAAAAAGUCAACCACAGUCUUGAGGACAAAGCUUUAAAGAUUGUUAGUGGGUUUGAGGAGGAGAAGACGGAACUUCAACGAGAACUUGCUACCACCACAUCACGACUUGUUGAUGCUAAGGCAACUGUCUGUGAACUGGAAGAGGAAAAUGAACGUUACAGAAACGAUUGCAACAUAGCAGUCCAGUUGCUACAGUGCAAGCCGUCAGAAUUUGUCGCUCAGAAGCUUCAAUCUCUGCCAAUUGAUUUACAAGAGAGGGUGAAGAAACACAUGACAAGAGAAGAAAUCUUUGACUGUGAGGGUGCACCUGACCGGUCAGAAUCUCCCAAACCUGUCCACGUUCCCAUGGCCACCUUCCCUCCAACAGCCAUGGUGUAUUCUGUUAACAAAACUGUGAACAAAACUGAGACUUCUAACACAAGGAAUGUGGGAAGCGACAGGGUCCCCAUGCAUGUCAUAACAAAAGCACUGAGCCAUCCUGAACCAAUGAAGAAAGUGAGGAGGACCUAUAUAUGUCUGAGGUGUCGGAGCGACGUGGUCUGUAACAACAAAGAGACACAGGUGAAUAUGAGCCGUGAGACCCAAGGGAGCUGUGACAACUUGAGCGAACUGCGGGUUCACAGACCGUGCGUGCGAACUCGAUCAAACUCUUCUGAGAGUGAAAUGUAUUGAAGAGUUUAAAUAGGGUUAAUUCACAUGAAAAUCAAUGAAAAUGCUCAGUCAUAUUAACUGCCAAAUGCUCAAUUAUUGAAUUUUUCGGAUCAAAAUGUUUAGUCUGUUACAUUUUUAAUGUCCUUAAAGUUUUCUAUUACCAUUGAAUCAAAGGGAAUUAUCAUUUAUGUGAUGAUUGCUCAACACCUUUGAAGGUGAAAUAUCUAAAAGAAAAGAAUAUGGAAGCAUCAUUAACAAUUCAUCAAAAAUGUAUAAAUAUUUCAGAUGUAAUGAAGAUUAAAGUGUGAUCAAGUUAUAACCUUUGAGAUGUGAUGCAAAUAAUUUGCAAACUAAUAAAAUAAGUAUGUAAAAAAAUAUUAAAACACCUUUUCUCUAAAAGGAUAUUGUAAAAUGUUGCAAAAUACAUAUUCAUAUUGAAUUAGAAUAAUCUCGUGUUAUGAAGAUCCAAGUUUGUCCAAGAUGGGGCCUUCAGAACAGGAUAUGAUCUCAAAGUUACACAUACGAAUAUUCACAUACAUAUAGAGAAUAAAGGUUUGUUCAAAUCAGUCCAUGGUUCUGAGUGGGACCACAUUAAAGGUCAAAAUUUCAAGAGAAACUGGAUCCAUUUCUUCAAAAGAUUCCAAUAUUUUCAAAACUGCAUGCCGAAGGGGGGGGGGGGGGGGUUAGGACAGGUGUAGCAUAUAGGCUUUAAAACCUCUGUACACUUAUUCAAAAAUUUAUUCCCUCAUGUUUUUGAUGUUUUCAGAAUGGAUUUCUGUUGAAUACUUGAGUUUCACUAGUGUAUUAUUAAAAUCACUUUGUUCUUCACGUAUGUCUGUAUACAAGCACACAUAGUACUGAUAUCUAUAUACUGUUAUCUACCUGAUGAAGAGAAAAUGUUUUUAUAAAAAGGGGUUUAUUGUAAAAUCCUGAUACAGUAAAACACAUUUAUAAUGAAUGUACACUGAUUGUGAAGUGAUAUUUAUUCCCCUAUGAGAGGAAAAUAAUGAGAAUUUGUAUGGGAUAUAACGAAGUUUGGUUAUAGUAAUUAUACCCCCCAAACGAAGUUCAGGGGGUAUAUAGGAAUCACUCUCUCUGUUUGUCCGUCCGUCUGUCUGUCUGCAGAUUCGUGUCUGGGCCAUAAUUUCUUUGUUCUUUGACUUAGGCAUACCAUAUUUGGCACACAGGUGGAUCACCAUGAGACGAGGUGUCAAGUACCUUCAUGACCUCUAUAUGACCUUGAUCCUUGACCUCAAGGUUAAAAUUAAAGGUUUUUUACAAUGGAUUCGUGUCCGGGCCAUAACUUCUUUGUUCUUUGACAUAGGCAUACCAUAUUUGACAUAUGAGUGUAUCACCAUGACCUCCAUAUGACCUUGACUUCAAGGUCAAAAUUAAAGGUUUUUACAAUGGAUUUGUGUCAGGGCCAUGACUUCUUUGUUCUUUGACAUAGGCAUACCAUAUUUGACACAUGAGUGUAUCACCAUGAGACAAUGUGCCGGGUACCUUCAUGACCUCUAUAUGACCUUGAACUUUGACAUCAAGGUCAAAAUUGAUUAUAGGGUUUUGACAUAGUCAUACCAUAAGACAUGGGUGUAUCACCAUGAGACUAUGUGUCAUGUACAUUCAUGACCUCUUUAUGACCUUGACCUUUGAUCUCAAGGUCAAAAUUAUAGGUUUAUGCCAUGGAUUUGUGUUUGGACUACAUCUUCCAUUUUCUUCUACAAAGGCAUACCAUAUUUUUACACUCAGGAAAGAGGUAAUUUAUACCUAUUAACAACACCCUUUGGGAGAUUGGGGUAAGUGGGGGGUAUUCUUAGUGAGCAUUGCUCACAGUACCUCUUGUUCAGAACUGUUUUUUCGCUGGCCCUGGAGGUUCACUGUCCCAUGUUUUACUGUAUAAUGAAGUUUGGUUUUAAUGAACUUUUUUUCACUGGCCCUGGAGGUUCACUAUAACUGUGUUUUACUUUAUAAUGAAGUUUGGUUAUAAUGAACUGUUUUUCACUGGCCCUGGAGGUUCACUAUAACCAUGUUUUACUGUAUAAUGAAGUUUGGUUAUAAUGAAGUUUUUCACUGGCCCUGGAGGUUCACUAUAACUGUGUUUUACUGUAUAAUGAAGUUUGGUUAUAAUGAAGUUUUUCACUGGCCCUGGAGAUUCACUAUAAAUGUGUUUUACUGUAUAAUGAAGUUUGGUUAUAAUGAACUGCUUUCUGCUGGCCCUGGAGGUUCACUAUAACUGUGUUUUACUGUAUAAGUUUUUAUGCAGUGCUUGGUUAUUCUGCAUUUAAUGAGACACAUGUGGCAAUGUUUUGGGAAGUAUUAAGCAUUGAAAUGGUUAAUGCAUAGUCACAAGUUUAAGAGCACUUUAGGCUUGCAAAACAUGACAUCCAAUGAAUUUAGUAUAUAUCAAUUAGAUUUUUAGCACAAUUUAUAUCAAAAAUGAAUGAUACCAGGGGACUAGUCCAUGUCAUAACUAAUAUUUCCAUUGGUGAUAUAUACCAGUAAUAAAUACGAUUAGGGUGAUGUGCGAUUUGUUAGAAAUGGGGUAUUUAAAGCAAAAAUCAUCAGGUUGUGUUGUCUGAUAUAUUUGCACAAAUUGUUCCGAAGUGUCUUCUCCGAGAAUAUUGUAAAAAUGGAUGCUUUAAUACCUUGGCCAUAUGAGUUUUUACAGCACAAGACAAAUAAAUAUAGCUUUAAACUGGGGUGGAAAAUAAAAUCGCAUUCAUUGACUUGACUUAGAACUUUGUUCUAACUACAUUCUUUAAAAGAUAUCAUUAUCUCGAACUCGAUGGGACCAAAAAACAAUUCAAGAUAUCUGAGGAUUCGAGAUAUUGAGGGCAAAAUAUUUAAAAGAGUAAGUGGUUGUGACUUCCGAAUCACUUUGACAUAUCCAUGGUAUUCGAGGUAUUGGUGUUCUAGAUACCAAAGUUGAACUGUAUUUUAUAAAAUAAUUUGAUGGUUUUUUUAUUAUAGUGUUUACAAGACAACUGUAUUUUAUAAAAUAAUUUGGAGUGGAUCGAGCUAAAAUCACAUUCACUGAAUUGGCUUGUUUUUGCUUUAGGACUUUAAUAGAACAGAUAUUUUAUAAAAUAUUUUUAAAUGUUUUUAUUUGAUAGUGUUCACAUGACAAACAAUGUAAAAAAAAAAAAAAGAUUGUGGUUCACAAAUAAGCCUCAGAGUGUUUGGGAUUAAAACUCAAUUUGUUUGAGGUUAACACUGCUGAAUUUUUACUGGACAUUGUGAGGUUUUAAUGAAAAAGGAUGUGUAGAUGUUAAAUUGAUUGAAUAAAAGUUAUUAGAGCUUUGUAAGGAUGGAAGCAUGGAUUAAUGUAGAAUUAUUUUUUUUUUUUAAUUUGUUCGUAUGUGUAGGGGGGGGGGGUGUACUCACAAAUUUAAAUCCUCCGUAAUAAAAGAAAAACUGAUAUAUGAAAUCAAAUUGAUCCCCAAACAUUUUGACUCCCAUUAUAUUUAGCAGGUGUCUUACAAAAGAUUGCUACGGAUGAUUCAAGUACAGAAUUAAUUCAUAGCAAUCCCCUCACAUGAAAUCAAAAUUUCACUUUUAUUUUUAUUAUACCCCCGAAAUUUGGGGGUGGGGGUGUUAUACUGGAAUCAUCUAGUGUGUUUGUCUGUCCAUAGACAUGAUUUGUCCAGAUACAUCUAACAUAUUGAUUUGAUUAAAACUUUGUGUCUGAAUAAAGUAUUGCAUCUGCUACUGGUAUUUUAAUGCAGACUUUUUAACAUUUGAAAGUUAUAUGGAUAUUUUUUCCAAUUUUGAGGGUGGGGGUUAUGUUGUUAUUGUCCGGAGUAUAUCUUAAAAGCCAUAUAUUCUUCAAUGGUUCAAAUUAACCAUUUCCCACCAUACACUGUGCGUGGGUAUUAGUCUUAUUAAGACAUUUCUAGUUUAUAGAAAGUCCUUCAAAGUAUAUACAUUUUCGAAAGUUUACAUUGAAUGGCGAUUGUGCCAAAUUAAGAAUAAAUGUGCAGGAUGUUCCAUAUGUUAUUUAUCAUAAGUUGUAAACAAUGCUCAGUUGUACAGAUCUGAUGUUUUCAUUGUGUUAGACUAUAUAAUGCAAUCACAAAUUCUGGAGUCCUUCUUGCAAGCUCAGGGAAAACAUCACAAAUGUAAAACAUAUACUGUGCAAGCCACUAAUAAGUAAUUAUUAACAAGUCAGUAAUUGAUGAUUAUUAACAUGUCACUAAUUAGUAAUUAUUAACAAGUCAAUAAUAAGGUAUUAUUAACUUGCUUCAAAAUUGACAUGGGGUGAUCUCAUUUCUGGCAAAUAUUCAUUGUAAAAAAAGACAAUAAAGAAUUUUCUAGUUAUAUUUUAAUUCGAUUAAAAAUGGAGAGUAUUGCAAUACAUUUAAGGGUGUAUUUCUGCUUGCUGGAAAGGCAAGAAAAGUGAUUGUAUCUGAUGGUAUUAUUUAGCAGGAUGAAUCUUAUGCCCCUUUGGAGUUUGAUAUGGUUUAAAAUUUUGUGAAUUGAUACAUGCUAAAUAUUGAAUAUAUAAUUCCGCUUUCUUUGAAUGGAUAAAUUAAUUAUGUUAACAAUGAAAAUUUUGUUUUAGUUAUAAAGAUAAUUGUUACUCUGUAUUGUUAUUGUAAUCAAUUUAUUGUUGAAUAAAUGUACUGAAAACGAU